GAAGGCGAAAAUGACAGCUGCCUUUCGUUCGCGUUGAUAUAAACUAAUAAUUUUCUUUGCGUCCAAAAUACGAAUCGUGCUUCGUUGAUACAUUUAUGCAGAACGUGAAUACACGGAAUUAAUUGCAGAAACCUGUUUUCAUUUAAGCACUUGCAUUUAAAAAAAUAUAUAUGUAGUUUUCACGCAUCAUUUGUUUAAGAAUUUUUCAAAUGGCAGUGAAAGUGCGUCGGUCGUGCUUUUGGCAUGGAUGAAUAGAUGGUGAUGAAUAGAUCUAUGGCGUUAAUCCAGUGAUCUGUAUAGAUCAAUGUGUUAAUCUAUGCCUCUGAUGUGUUCGCUCCAAUGAGGUUAUAAUCAGUUAUCUGGUUAUAAAAUAUAUUGGUUCACUCAGCGAACUUCACUGGAUGGCUAGUCCAAAGAGUGUUAAAUAUACUUUCUGCCAGCUGUACUGCCUUCUCUUUGCUGUAGAAGUGUGCAACCAGUGCUCACCGCCCCGCUCUGGGGUUUUAAGGUUAAGGAGUUGAUGUGCAUGUCAAAAUAGAUUGAUCGUACUUGUCAAAAUUUUUGAAAAUCGACGAAGAAAAUGGGAAUACUAGAAAAAAUUUCAGAAAUAGAGAAGGAAAUUGCAAGAACUCAGAAAAAUAAAGCUACUGAGUACCACUUGGGACUACUUAAGGCUAAACUUGCCAAGUAUAGGUCGCAGUUGUUAGAGCCCUCCAAAAAGUCGGAAAAAGGUGAAGGGUUUGAUGUGCUCAAGUCUGGUGAUGCCCGAGUAGCUCUAAUAGGAUUCCCAUCUGUUGGCAAGUCAACCCUUUUGAGCACAUUGACAGCUACUGAAAGUGAAGCAGCAUCAUAUGAGUUCACGACACUGACAUGCAUUCCUGGAGUGAUCGAUUAUCGUGGUGCAAAUAUACAACUCUUGGAUCUCCCAGGUAUCAUUGAAGGUGCUGCUCAAGGCAAAGGUCGUGGACGGCAAGUAAUUGCUGUAGCAAGAACUGCUGAUCUUGUUCUGAUGAUGUUGGAUGCUACAAAGCAAGAUGUGCAACGUACUCUUCUAGAACGGGAGCUGGAAAGUGUUGGUAUACGCCUCAACAAGCGUAAACCUAAUAUCUAUUUCAAGGUUAAAAAGGGUGGAGGCUUGUCAUUUAAUUCUACAUGCCCUUUGACUAGAGUAGAUGAGAAACUUGUGCAGAUGAUCCUCCACGAGUACAAGAUUUUCAACGCAGAGGUUCUUUUUAGAGAAGAUGUUGGAGCUGAUGAGUUAAUAGAUGUUAUUUGCGCUAAUAGAGUUUAUCUUCCAUGUGUGUAUGUAUACAACAAAAUAGAUCAGAUUUCAAUUGAAGAAGUGGACAGAAUUGCAAGACAAGAAAAUUGUGUGGUAGUAAGCUGUAACAUGAAGUUGAAUUUGGACUUUUUGUUGGAAGAAUUAUGGGAACAUCUUGCUCUUAUUCGUGUGUACACAAAAAAACCAGGCCAACCACCUGAUUUUGAUGAUGGCCUUAUCCUUAGACGUGGUUGCAAUGUGGAGCAUGUUUGCCAUGCUAUUCAUCGUACUUUAGCUCAAACCUUUAAAUAUGCUCUUGUUUGGGGUACAAGCACUAAAUACUCUCCUCAACGAGUGGGUCUGCAGCAUAUAAUGAAUGAUGAAGAUGUCAUCCAAGUUGUGAAGAAGUAAAUUUGACUGUAUUGAUGAAUACUAGUUUUCGUGAAAGACAGUGCAAUGUGACCACAAAUUGGACAGUUUGUGGGCUCUUGUUUCAUGGAAUGUUGUGCUCUGUGAGUGGGAACAUUGUUUUAAAAAGUUGUACAUUUAUAACUGUGUCAAUAUUUACAUAAAAUUGUGCUAAAAAUUUGCUUAUUGCACUCUGUUCAGUACUAAUAACCCUUCAGAGUUUUGUAUUUAAUUUACUUACAAUGCUUGAUAAGUAAUUGAAGUUCUGUAAUCAAAAUGUUAUACAUUUGUGGUCAAUCCAUAGGAAGAUGGGGCUUUGGGAUAUCUGUAAGUAGGAAAACGAGUAAAAUAGAAACAAAAUUUGUUAAACAAAUCAAAAUACAAUUUUAUUGCUUUUAGUCAUCAGAUUGGCAAUGCUUUGAGUUUUUCCAAAAUGAGUAAUAAUUUUUCAGCCUUUGCCUGCAGGGGUAAAGGUUUAGAAGAGGCUGAAGAUUUAUUAAGAGAAGCUAUUUGUGUUAAGGACGAACAACACAUGUCCGAAACUGUAGGAUAAUGUACCAAAUCUGUGCGAAGUAACCACUCUAGUAGAAGCAUUGCUCGGGUAAGCUGGACCUCAGGAUUCCCUGUCUCUAGUUCUUCCUGGCUUUCCUCUCUGCUUGACUGUGGAAAACGUGUUUCUAGGACUUUCACAAUGGAUUGCACAACUUCCUUGACAUUUAACUGGAUGCAUCUGUGAAGAAAACAUAAAUUUAUUUAAAUAUUUUCUAAUGUAAUAAAUUAGACAUGUAACUAUUUUUUUUUUAAAUAUGCAGAAAUAUUUCUCAGAGUUCUUGAAAAGAAAUAGCUGAUAUCUCCCAAAUGUAGUUUUGAAACCACAUCAGAAUUGCCUUAAAAUGUAAGAACUUUACUCUCCAUUGCAUCACGAUCAAUUAUUCACAGUUUAUUUUAAAUGUAAUGAACUGAGAAAUCAUGUCAAAAUUGCUGACAAAUGAAGGAGAGCUUUUACUAUUCAGUUUUCUCUUCACAGUGCACAAGGUAGUCUGUAUAGGAGACUUAAACUUCCAAUGUGCAUUUAUUGGCAAAACUUAAGUAUAGCAUUUUGAAUAAAAUUCUUGUUUAAAUGAAGAUCUAGAAUUUUUGUGGGCCUUGAGUCACAAUUACCGGAUUUCACAAAAUAAACAAAAACUUAUCAAGAUCUUUUAUUAAUAAGACUUCUCAACACUCAUCAUCAAUUUAAGUUUUUAGUGAAUUCUGAAACUUUGAUAGCCUUUUGCUAUUUAAAAUGACAAAUGCAUCAACACAUCACAAACACUGAAUUGCAGAAUCUAACAUUUAAAAUACACCUAGUGUUUGAAAUUGAAUUAAUGAAUCAAAAUUUGGAGCAAUGCAAAAAUGUGUUGGUAACUACAUAUAACCUAAUAGGAACACAUUCAAAGGCUAUUUUGUAUUACACAUAAAGACAAUAACAUUACGUUUUGAGAUUAUCACGAAAUAUCAACAGCCACAUUAACUAGUAAUAACACAGCUGAAGAAAAGUUCUACUUCCUCUUAUGCCUGUCUCACUAUUAUAACCUACCUUUUACCUAUUUUUUUAAUUCUCAGUAGUUUAUCUAGAAAGCUUCUGAACUACAGGAAGGUCAAUAUUCAAAUUUUACAUGCUGAUGGUUGGACGGAAAUCCUCAAAAUCUUGGACAAGGAAUACAGAAAAAGAAACAAAUAUAAAAAGGAUGGAGUGACACCUCUACGAAGAACACAUGAAUCAUAAUUACAAAUUCCAUUGCAAUAAUAUAUGUAUCGAGAGUAUGCAACUGCAAUUUUGUUGAUGUGACCUUCCAACUCCCCGUCAAAAUUGGGGUCCGAAGUCUAGGGUGCAAG